UUCACUGUCAAUAAUUUACACCUUACUACUUUUGCUUUUGGGUGCAUGACUUUGCAAUCUUAAUUUUCUUAAUGUAGUUCUUGUGUGCAAUUUAUAUACAGUAUACACUUCUCACUAGAACGGAGUUUGUUAUCCAAUACAUACCUAGAUAACUUACAAGUCUUCGAUACCAGGCUUUUAAGUAUUUUUAUAUGAAGUUAGGCCAGGCCACUGGGAGUCAGGACUCCAGGAUUUAUUUCUGCCUGACUUCUUGUGUGCAGUAGCACCAGCACAUAUCCUCUGCUCAAACUAGUCUUAGGAUUUUAUGAAUAAAUUUGCACAAGGAAUCAAAACACUCAAAGGGGAUGUAGUAUCUGUUGAACUUGCAAGCAGAUCACCUAGAUACUUAGGUGAAUAUGGAGCUUUAGAAAUUCCUUAGUCUCCCAACAACUUCACUGAAUAAAAAGGCAGAUUUUUUUAAUUAAAAUUUUCUGUCAGAGUUCUGUCACGGAUACACAAGAGCUCUGCUAUGUCCCAGCUUUUAAACAGGACCCUCGGAGGAACCGCUCUGUGUCAGACCCUCAAGCGGUCCCACUCUUCCUUGAGGGUAGGCCACAUAGACUUAGCACCUAUAAGACAUCUGGGCUCCAGCGCUGCUGUUUCACACUGUGAGCUCUGCUCAGUGAAUCCAACAGAGAUAGACUUCUGGUCAGAAUUUUACUCUCUUCAGGGACCAGUACACCUCAGCAAGUAUUUGAAGUGCCAUCUGGCAGCCUUUCAAAACAGUCGGAUUUAUUAGUCAGCUGGAACACAGCAUGAGGAAGUCCUUAGGUUAGCAUCGAGGAAAUAAAGAUUAAAACAUAGGCCAUUCUGGGCAAGUCAGCUUUCCAUCUGGCCAAGCUGCUAUGGAAUCUGCUUCUGGCUCUGUCUCAUGGUCAUUCCCAGAGAUGCAGGUCACAAAUGUCCAGUAGACAAUGAAAUUCUACUCGAAAACCAACUCUUCCCUGACAACUUUGCCAAACGGGAAAUCCUCUCACUGAAGGUGAGAUGUCCCAACAAGGGCUGUCUUCUGAAGAUGGAGCUGAGACAUCUAGAGGAGCAUCAGUUGCAUUGUGACUUCUGCUCUGUGGAAUGCCUACAAUGCCAGAGCUCCUUCCCGAAGAACCAGCUGCAAAACCACAUGACACUGGAAUGCCCACGGCGGCAGGUCUGCUGUCCAAACUGUGCUACAUCUAUGGCUUAUGAAGACAAAGAGCUUCAUGACCAGAACUGUCCACUUGCAAAUGUGUUUUGUGAAUAUUGCAAUACAAUGCUCAUCAGAGAACAGAUGCCUAAUCAUUAUGAUAAUGACUGCCCUACCGCCCCAGUACCAUGUACAUACAGUGCCUUUGGAUGUCCUGAAAAGAUGCAGAGGAAUGAGUUGGCACGUCAUAUGCAAGAGUUCACUCAGGUUCACAUGAGAAUGAUGGCUCAGACUCUCCGGAGUAUUAGUGUUACUACCACAACUCCCAUGUCCUACCUCAGUGGCCUAUCUUUUGAGCCAUCUCUCUUCUCGCAUGUCCCACCUGCCACAUAUGACUGCAACCCAGACGUUGAGAACUUCAAGGAAACCAUUCAGCAGUUGGAAGGUCGCCUGGUAAGACAAGAUCACCAGAUCAGAGAGCUUAUUGCUAAAAUGGAGACUCAGAGCGCUCACGUGGGAGACCUCAAACGCACUAUCCAAAAUCUAGAGGAAAAAAUUGCCGAAAUGGAGGCACAACAAUGUAACGGCAUUUACAUCUGGAAGAUUGAGAACUUCAGCAUACAUCUGAGAGCCCAAGAAGAAGAGAGACCUGUUGUGAUCCACAGCCCUGGCUUCUACACUGGGAAACCAGGCUACAAACUGUGUUUGCGCCUGCAUAUCCAGUUACCAAAUUCUCAGCGCUGUGCUAACUUUAUAUCCCUCUUUGUCCAUACUAUGCAAGGAGACUAUGACAGUCAUCUGCCUUGGCCAUUUCAGGGCACCAUACGACUUUCUAUUUUGGAUCAAUCAGAGGGACUUGCAAGGCAGAAUCACGAAGAAGUAAUGGAAGCCAAACCUGAGCUUCUAGCCUUCCAGAGACCAGCAAUCCACCGCAACCCAAAAGGUUUUGGUUAUGUGACAUUCAUGCACCUGCAAGCUUUGAAGCAAAGAACCUAUGUAAAAGAUGAUACUCUUCUGGUGCGCUGUGAGGUUGUAACACGUUUAGACUUGAACAUUGUACGGAAAGAGGGCUUUCAACCUCGCAGUACUGAUGGGGCUGUAUAGUCUGUUGUGCCCUAACUAAGGGAGCCCUGCACUGCUGUUCUUCCACAACAGAUUGGAAGGAUAAGAGCAUGAACGAAGGGAUUUUCCAGAGGGGAAAAGCUUCAUGAUAAGAGCAGUUAUCUGGGUUGAACAAUGCCAUUCUGCAGGUUAAUACAGCUGAUUUAACGGAAUAGAAUUUGCUGUCUUUGGUAUACAAGCUUUUUCCUCUGUGGAUCAUGUAUUAAAUAUUUCUUCUUGUUCUCUGUUACUGUAUUAAGCUAACUGAGAGAAGUAUUGCUGUGUUAUCAAAGGUGAAAUUCUUCAAUAAGAAUUUAUUGAAGCAGCUCUCUUCCUACACUGGGGGAGGUUGGGUCAAAUUCCACUUCUAGAAGUCUGUGAGAAAGUGGAGCAUUGAAGCUAAAUGCCCCAGAUGUCCUAAAUAUGAAAGUAUUGGAAUGCCACUAAAAGAGAGCAGGGGAUGAGGAUGGGGAAGCAGCUGGGAGGAGUGGGGGUCAUGUGGGGGUGGUAGAGGAUAAAGCAGGAGGAUUACUUGGCGCUCAGGCUAGCAGUAUCUAGCAUAAGGAGGCUAAGGGCCAGGGGACAGGCAGGAUGAGAGAGGUACAACUAGUUCAGGCUGGUCCAGGUCACAUCUCCCUGGGGAGUUAACGCAACAGGACCCAGAAUCGCAGGGAAGUUUCUCCUAUUUGCUCCUGGAAAAUGGCACCUCCAGCUUCUGGCUCCAAUUUCAGCUGGUUCUCUGAGAUCAUCCCCCUCCCUGUCCUUCCUUGAGGGCUAAAUAGCAGCUGCCCCCACUGACCACUUUGUAUAUGCCUGUCUGCCCCUCUGUCCUGUGGGAUCCUUUCUGUGCCUGUGCACCUGCCUAAGUGCCUCUGUCCUCCUGAUUGACCUCUUGUGCUCCUACCCCAUAGACCUUCCCCCCUGUUUGUCCUGCUCUCUGCCCAUCUGCCCUUCAGUCUCAGCUGGUUUGUCCCUUUGUCUGUCAAUCUCCCUCUCACCUAUCUCAGCCAGAAGCUUGAAGCACCAGGGCCAAAACUCUGCUGCUGCUGCUCAGGGCUCUUGACCAGACACGGCAGCCUCUUGUCCCUGGGAACAUCUGAGCUGCCCUGCACCAUCCAUCACUGCUGAGCAUCUCCUUUAACUAAAAUACAUAUGAAGCCUCCAGGAGGCUGUCAGUGGUGCCAGUGCUGGGACAGGCACCAAGUGGCAGCAGCAUGCAAAGCACUUCCCAUUGUGACCAGCUGCUGCCAGGCAGCAGAAACACUGAGAGAAGCAGCAGCGUAGCAGGGGCUGAGCCGGGCAGGGUAGGUGAACAGACUGGACCCAAAGGGGGAGGUGUCGUGGGGCUGCUCAAAGGGACACAGUUCAGAAUGAGGGUUUCCCUCAGAAUGAGGUGGAUUGACUUCAUUGCCACAGCUGCUGCUUAAUAGUACCAGAAGGGUGUUCCAGUGUGACUACACCACUGCCCAGGGGGAUGCAACGCACAUACUGUAGCGGAAGUGAACUAGCUCAACUAUGGAAGGUGCUCUCAUGCUACAAAUCAGGAGAUAUUCACCUUGCAAUAUAGACCAUUUCUAAAAGGACUUAAAUCCAAAUGGCAAGAAUAGAGGAAGGAAACAAAAGUACAGACUAUUUUAGUGCCUUUAUAGCUUAGCCAGGGAAUGCGCAGCAAGGGAAACUCCAUCACUUUGAAUUUACCGUGUUCCUUUUGGAAUAUGAAGUAAGAUUAGGACUCAGUCCCUAGACGUCUGUCGGUCUGUCUCUCUUUUUUUCUCCCUGGGAAUUAUGUUCGGGAACAUUCAAACAGGAACCCGCAUGAUGGUGUUGAAUCAAUCUUGGACUUCUGAAAAGUUUUCUACAAAACCCAUGCAAUACAGCCCCAGAAAAGGCUAAACAAAUGUUUCUGCUGAAUGUGCUGAGAUCACUGAGGAAAUGCUGAUAAAAACUAUGGCUUUUAGGCCUCCCUGUAACUUAUUUAUUCUUUUUCCCCCCUCCCAAAAUGUUUGUGUUCACCUUGUUUGCACUUGUGUAAAAACAUGGCUGACGCUCUUCCACUAUAACUAAGGUGGUGCUGGAUGGGUUAAAGUUCUGCAUUGGUAGGGAUGCUUUUUGUGGUGAUAGAUCAUAUUGGUGUGAGAUAUGUUCGACAGAGAGGAAGAAGAUAUAUAGUAGGUGGCUCAGGGAUCAUGGAAACUUUUACCUCUUGAUCACACCUGACUUGUGCCAAACUUACCAGAGUUCUAAAAUCAUUCCUGUCAAAUGGCACUCGGGUGGCCUGUGUGAAAUGUGGUGGAGGUCUAUCACUAGUUCUCAGUAAACAAUUGUCCAUAUAGUGCCAAAAGUGAUGGUGGCUUGUUGAACUAGAGAGCUCCAGGACAUAGUAGGUUAGCCACCCUCACCACCUAGAAAAGAACAGGAUGGUAGCCCGCUAGUAGGGCAGUGUUGGUCAACUUGCAUUGCUAUGUGCUCUUAUAAUAAACGAGCACAUUCUAGUUUCUAUAGUGGCAUCUUUCACAAACACUACAUUUACUUUAUAAAAAAAAAAAACCUUGGAGAUUCCUGUGCCUAUUUCUUGGCUUUCUAGACUGAUUGUCUGCAUCCCGUGUUAAUGUUGUAGUCUUGUGCAUUAGAAGCUGGUUAGUCCAAACUCUCUGCUGCUAAUCGAAAAAUAAUGGAUUUUAAUGUAUAGAAUUCUUUUCAACUCUACAAUAUCUUCAGAUUUGUAUAUAAACACAGAGAUUACUUUUUUAAAACACAAAAAAAGCCUUAUUUUUCCUGUGUUAGGCAUAUAGACAAUCUGAUACAGAAAAUACGGAACCAGGCCAUGCAUAAAUGUAUGAAUAUCUCCCAGUCAGCAUGGAGUAUUUUUCUGAGAUGGGGAAGCUGGCAAGUGGGGUUUGCCUCACCUCUAGUUGUGUAAAUAUUGCUACAGGGCAGCCCAAGUAUCAGUCCCCUUCUAAGCAGCCCAACAAGGACUAACCACAGGGAGGGAGGACAGUUAACACACAAAGGCCCACUCUGUUACAAACUUCAUUGUCGGAGCACCAUGUUAUAACAGGUGGUUUUGUGUGUGUGUACGGGUCUUUGAAGUGCCAAUUUAACACCUCUAGGAGUUCCAUUUUCAUCACCCUUUCAAAAUCCUUAAGAUUCUUUUUUACAAAAGACCGUCAAUUCCCAGGCACAACUAUCUGCUUUUUAAAAAUCUCAAUCUAGUCUACUUUUGACUUGAAUGAAAUUCAGCAUGGUGGCAGCUCUGUAGUAUACAUAAGUUUUUAUUAUUUCAAUUGGAUAAUGUAAAAUAGCGCAGCCUAAUAGGAAAUAAAAAAGUUGGUGCAUGAUACACUGGCAGAAAAAAAUAUGUAACAUUAACAGUUUUAGCUGCUGCUGAUACUGUAUCUAUUGUGUACUUAUUAAAGGUUGCACUAUGGAAUUCUAACCCAAUGCCAAGCUGAUUUAACCACAAAGCUUACAUGGGAGACUUUCUGAGCUGAUAUGUUAAAUAUCAGCCAAAUAUAUUCUGUCUUACUAACCUUACGUACUUAUCUAUGCAGACCUCACUCAACUACUUAAUUUUUUUUUUUCAAAUUAUCUUUGCUACAGUGCAGUUCCAGAAUUGUCUGUUAUAUCACACGUGGGAAUGUAAUUUCAGCUGGUGGAAAGAAAUUCGUAGAACUUAAAUGCUGGAUUGAGUUACCAUCCAGAUAUGUACAAUCUCAGUUGUUAACGUUAUUUUAUUUAAUCUCUUUUUGAGUUGGCAUUGUUUGAGAGUUCAAUUUCCAUGAUAAAAUACAGCUUUAUAGUGUAUUUGCUUCACCUUUUCCCCUAGUGGUCUGUUUUUCUUCUCUUUUAAGAUAUCAUUAUGCUAUGACGGUUGAAGAAUGAUCUUGAAAAAUACUUAAAAGGAGAAUGGAUUAUGGAUCACAACUGCCACAGAUUUAUGAAAAUUUCUGGAAUAAAGCAAUCUAAAACAAA